UGAAUAUUUCAUGGCAGCCAUUGAAUUUUCUUCUCGCGUCGCUAUACAAAACAAUAAUCGUGUGUGUGGCCAGAGAAAUGGCGAAAUAGAGCUAUAUAAAAUAAAAUUAGUGGCUAAAAAUAUGUACGUUCGUGUAGAGUGACUUCAGACUAACAUUUAUGCAUUUACAAUUGGACAUAGUUUGCGAUAUUUACAGAGAAAAGAGGUUUUGAAAACUAGUUUCUCAUAGGAAGUUUUUGGAUUAGUAUUCGUGUAUAUCUGUGUGGUUGUCUCAUACCAAUUCGUUAUAAAUUCUUUAAGCUGAUCUCUUUGUGAAACCACACCACAAUCGCAGGGUGAAUAUGACUUCACCCUCACCGGCAAACAGUCCAAUGCCGCCGCCUCAGGCACCACCGGCUCAAAGCCCAUCACCUUCACCUCAUAGUCCCUACCCACAUCAACAAAUGCCACAGGGUCCGCCAGGUCAACAAGGGCCAUCUGGAGCUGGGUCAACGGGUCCACCACAUGGACCGCCACAACAAUCACAUAUGCAGGGACCACCCCCACAUAGUCAACACGGUCCACUACCACCAACAGGUCAUCACGGACCACCACCGGGGCCACCUGGUCAUCCUGGUGGGCCUUACACGCACCCUAUGCAACAUGCGCCACCGCAUGGCUCACCACAUGGACCACCACAACAUCAACAGCAUGGUGCGAUGCCGCCUGGACAACAUGGUGUGGGACAGCAUGGUCCACCACAGCCACCACAUGGGCAAGUGCCACAAGGGCAGCAUGGGCCUCCACCACCGGGUAGUGGCGGUGCACCAGGCAGUGGCCCACCAAUGUCGCAUGCACCUCCACCACACGGUGUGCCACCACCCCACGGCCCGCCAGGACCACAACAACAACCGGGAGUACAAGGUGCACCACCACCGCAUAUGAAUGGGCCACCAGGCCAAGGACCGCCGGGACCACCUGGUCCACCAGGACCGCCUCCACAAGGGCAUCACAUGGCGCCGCAUCAUCAAGGCAUGGGUCCGCAUAUGGGUAUGCAAAUGCCACCGCAAGGCCCUAAUAUGCCGCCAAUGGGAUAUCAAACACAUGGAAUGCCACCAAAUGGUCCACCGGCUCCCGGUCAGGGCCCACCACCCGGCGAUCGUCCCGUACAGGAAAGUCUCACUGCAUUACAACGCGCCAUCGACACCAUGGAGGAGAAGGGUCUGCAGGAGGAUCCACGCUACUCACAAUUACUCGCCAUACGCGCCACCUCGAAGCAUCAACAUCUUACUGGCAAUCAAGUGAAUAUGUUGCGCGCACAAAUCACAGCUUAUCGUCUGUUGGCGCGCAAUAAACCGAUUUCAAUGCAAAUGCAACAGCAAUUAGCACCACCACAGCAACAACAACAACAGCAGCAGCAGCAACAGCAACAACAACAACAACAACAGCAGCAACAGCAACAGCAACAACAGGUUGGCAUGCCACCUGGACCACCAGGUCCCCCAGGUCAACAUCCUGGUGUUCCCGUGCAGCAGCAACAGCAGCAGCAACCACAACAACAACAACAACAACAGCAGCAGCAGCAGCAGCAGCAGCCUGGACCAAGCGGUGUGCAACCGCCCGGCUGUGCUGGGAGUGCAGGCACACCACCACAAUGCCCAACACCGCCAGCCAGCGGUCCCUAUACACAGCAACAGCUGCCAGGUGGUCCUAAGUUGCAACCACCACCACCGCAGCAUGUACAGCAACCACCAAUGGCUCCAGGCGCUGGCGCACCAACAAUGCCACCGCAGCAAGAUAUGACACAUCAGUUGCCUAACGGUGCUGGCGGCAAGCCGAACGCCGGACCGCCGCCACCAAUGAUGGUUGGUGGUCAACCGCCUAUCUCCUCGCCGAUGCCGGCAACAAUGGCGCAAGGUGUGCGACCAGGAAUGCCGCAAGUUCCACCCGGUCUGCCACCGCAGGCACCGCCCGGCAUGCAAGCACCCAAACCUGGCGCACCACCACCACAACAGCCCAUGCCGAAGCCAAAUCGCAUUACCACUGUGGCCAAGCCGGUAGGUUUGGAUCCGAUUACGUUGUUGCAGGAGCGCGAGAAUCGCAUAGCGUCGCGUAUUUCAUUGCGCAUGCAAGAGUUGCAGCGUCUGCCCGCUACUAUGCCGGAAGAUUUACGUCUACAAGCGGCUAUAGAGUUGCGUGCUUUGCGUGUGCUCAACUUCCAGCGUCAGUUGCGUGCAGAAAUUGUGCAGUGCACGCGUCGCGACACUACGCUAGAGACAGCUGUAAACAUCAAGGCAUACAAGCGCACGAAACGCCAGGGACUGCGUGAGGCGCGUGCCACCGAGAAGCUGGAGAAACAACAGAAAUUGGAGGCGGAGCGCAAACGGCGUCAGAAACAUCAAGAAUUCUUGGCUGCAGUGCUGCAACAUGGCAAGGAUUUCAAGGAAUAUCAUCGCAAUAAUAAAGCGCAAUUGGCGCGCGUCAACAAGGCGAUUAUGAAUCACCACGCCAACGCCGAGCGCGAACAGAAGAAGGAGCAAGAACGUAUAGAGAAAGAGCGUAUGCGUCGUUUGAUGGCUGAGGAUGAAGAGGGUUACCGCAAAUUGAUUGAUCAAAAGAAAGACAAACGUUUGGCAUUCUUGCUGUCGCAGACCGAUGAAUAUAUUAGUAAUCUGACACAGAUGGUAAAACAACACAAGGAUGAUCAGAAGAAGAAGAAGGAGGAAGAGAGUAAACGUUUGGUGCAAUACAAGAAAGAGCUCCUAAUGAGUGGUGAAUACAUGAAUAUCGAUGAGAGUUGCAUUGCUGCAGACAUGCGCGUAACUGUUGUAGAACAGUCAACGGGCACACGACUUUCCGGCGAAGAGGCGCCUACUUUGAAAAACUUGCAUAAUUGGUUAGAACGUCAUCCCGGCUGGGAUUGGAUUGAAUCCGAUUCUGAUGACGAGGGCGAUGCCGAAAUGCGUGAUGUUGAUGAUAAAGAACAUGAUAAAUCGAAGGAAGAAAAAGAAGAGAAGAAGGCCGAAGAAACAGAGAACAAAGACACCACAAAUGAAGACACUAAGGACUUCAUAAAGAAAGUCAAAGUGGAAGAUGAUGAAUAUCGCACCGAAGAGCAGACAUACUACAGCAUUGCACACACAGUACACGAAAAGGUUACUGAACAGGCAAGCAUAAUGGUUAAUGGUCAAUUGAAGGAAUACCAAUUGAAGGGUUUGGAAUGGUUGGUCUCGCUAUAUAAUAACAAUCUAAAUGGUAUUUUGGCCGAUGAAAUGGGUUUGGGUAAGACUAUACAAACAAUUUCGUUGGUUACCUAUCUAAUGGAUCGCAAGAAGGUCAUGGGUCCCUAUCUGAUUAUUGUACCCCUCUCUACACUACCCAAUUGGAUGCUGGAAUUCGAAAAGUGGGCGCCUUCAGUUGGCGUUGUGAGCUAUAAAGGCAGCCCACAGGGGCGUCGUUUGUUGCAAAAUCAAAUGCGUGCCACCAAAUUUAAUGUACUACUCACCACUUAUGAAUACGUUAUCAAGGAUAAAGCAGUGCUUGCUAAAAUCCAAUGGAAAUACAUGAUUAUCGAUGAAGGUCAUCGUAUGAAGAAUCAUCACUGCAAACUCACACAGGUCUUGAACACACAUUACAUUGCACCCUAUCGUUUACUACUCACCGGUACACCGUUACAAAAUAAAUUGCCCGAACUGUGGGCUUUACUUAAUUUCUUAUUACCAUCAAUUUUCAAGUCUUGCUCUACCUUUGAGCAGUGGUUUAAUGCACCCUUCGCUACAACAGGCGAAAAAGUUGAACUCAAUGAAGAAGAAACUAUUUUGAUUAUUCGUCGUUUGCAUAAAGUGCUGCGUCCUUUCUUGCUGCGUCGUCUCAAGAAGGAGGUGGAGCAUCAAUUGCCCGACAAGGUUGAGUACAUCAUUAAAUGUGACAUGUCUGGGUUGCAACGUGUGCUCUACAAGCACAUGCAAAGCAAAGGUGUCUUGCUUACUGAUGGUUCGGAGAAGGGCAAACAGGGCAAGGGUGGCGCUAAGGCUUUGAUGAACACAAUCGUGCAACUGCGUAAGCUUUGUAAUCAUCCAUUCAUGUUCCAACACAUUGAGGAGAAGUAUUGCGAUCAUACUGGCGCUCACAGCGUUGCGUCCGGUCCGGAUUUAUAUCGUGUGUCGGGUAAAUUUGAGCUGCUCGAUCGUAUUUUGCCAAAGUUGAAGGCGAGCAAUCAUCGUGUAUUGCUCUUCUGUCAAAUGACACAGUGCAUGACUAUUAUUGAGGAUUAUCUGAGUUGGCGUCAAUUUGGUUAUUUGCGUUUAGAUGGUACCACCAAAGCAGAGGAUCGUGGUGAAUUAUUGCGUAAAUUCAAUGCAAAAGAUUCGGAUUACUUUGUAUUUUUGCUCUCAACACGUGCCGGUGGUUUGGGUCUUAACUUGCAGACUGCCGAUACGGUUGUCAUCUUUGAUUCCGAUUGGAAUCCGCAUCAAGAUUUACAAGCCCAAGAUCGUGCACAUCGUAUUGGUCAACGUAAUGAGGUGCGUGUAUUACGUCUGAUGACAGUCAACUCUGUGGAGGAGCGUAUCUUGGCGGCUGCACGUUAUAAGUUGAAUAUGGAUGAGAAGGUCAUUCAAGCUGGUAUGUUUGAUCAGAAAUCGACAGGCAGUGAACGGCAACAAUUCUUGCAAACAAUUUUGCAUCAAGAUGAUAAUGAGGAAGAGGAAGAAAAUGAGGUGCCCGAUGAUGAGGUUAUUAAUAUGAUGAUUGCGCGUAGUGAAGAGGAGAUUGAAUUGUUCAAGAAGAUGGAUAUUGAUCGUAAGAAGGAGGAUGAAGAGUUGCAUCCGGGUAGAGAGCGUUUGAUUGACGAGUCAGAGUUGCCCGACUGGUUGACGAAGGACGAUGAUGAAGUGGAACGUUGGCAUCAAUACGAUGAGGAUACUAUUUUGGGUCGUGGCUCUCGUCAACGCAAAGAGGUAGACUACACAGACAGUCUUACCGAGAAAGAAUGGCUAAAAGCCAUCGAUGAUGGUGCCGAAUUCGAAGAGGAGGAAGAAGAAGAUGAUGCUAAGCGUAAGCGUCGUAAACGUAAAAAUCGCAAAGAUGAAUCCGAUGAAGACGAAUUGAUUAUGAAACGUCGUCGUCGCCAAAAUAUCGAUAAGCGUCUUAAGAAGCAAAUGAAUAAGAUUAUGUCCGCGGUUAUUAAAUAUACAAACGAUGAUGGUCGCGUUCUCUCAGAGCCAUUUAUGAAGUUACCAUCACGUCAACGGCUACCCGAUUAUUAUGAAAUCAUUAAACGACCUGUAGAUAUUAAGAAGAUACUGCAACGCAUUGAAGAUUGUAAAUACGGUGACAUUAAUGAGCUGGAGAAAGACUUUGUGCAGCUCUGUCAAAAUGCACAAAUAUACAAUGAGGAGGCCUCGCUAAUUUAUCUCGAUUCUAUUGAACUACAGAAGGUAUUCGUUAAUGCACGUGCACGCAUAACGGCCGCAGCAGCAGCUGCUGCUGCUUGGUCUGCUUCCGAAUCUGGCAAUAAGUCAGCCAGUGGUAGUGCUGGUGGUGGUGAAGGCACAGCCGCCGGCUCAGAGGCUUCGGACAAUGAAGAGGAGGAAGCACCCGAUGAUGGCUCGGAUGAUGAGGAGAUUGCUACCACCUCAACGGCUGCGGUGAAGAUGAAGUUGAAAUUAAAUAAAUCAUUAGCUACCGCACCGUCAACACCAAUCCAGACAGCAGCACCAGUGACAACUGCGGCAACCACAUCGAAGAAGCAAACGCGCCGAAAACGCUCACAAAAGAAAUAUACAAUUUUCGAUGAUGACGACGACGACAUAGAUUAGCUGCCAUUGGGUGUUGUUUUUGCGCUCAACGCACCGGCGGGUAGAAAUGUGAGUGUUGGCAAAGUACCCAAGGAAUUGGCACAUGACGAUUACGAUGGUGAUGAUGAUAAUGACGAUUAAGCGGCAUUAAAGUUGAAAUACUAUCCAUGCUUAAAUAUCCAUAUCGCAUUCAAUAUAAAUAAUUUUCAUUCUCAAUAUUAUUUAGAAAUGGCUUAAAGGCUAAAAAAAAAACGUUAUUCAUAAUAAUUUAAAGUAUAGUUGUAAACUAUUUUAGUUAUUUAACAAGAAAACGGUUCUGUAGUGAUUUAAUUUUCGUUUGUGGGUCUUUCAAUAUUUCUAACAUUUUUACUUUAAUUCACUUAGUUAUAUAAUAAAAUGUUCGUUUCGUAGCAUUUCUUCAGCACAAUUCACAUAUAUAUAUACAAAUGCAGAUGCGUUUUUCGUUACUUUAAAUUCUUAAACACUUACGGUAAUUACAGAUACAUUAUAAUUGAGUACACAUUGCAAAUAUACAAAUAAAUAAAAUAAAGAUACAGAUAAA